AUGCCGACGUCGUUCGCUGGGGGGUUUGUGGUGCGGCUCUCAGAGUUUGACGCGUGCAGCAUCGACGCCGCGCGACAUCCGCCGCCAUAUAUCCUCCGCGGCCGCCUCCCCGACUCUAACUUUGUCUGCGACCCGAGUCCCGUUCCCGCCACCCCGUCGUGGUCGUGCCGCCACACCUUUGUACUUGCGGCGACGGACCCGCAGAUUGUGCUGGAGUGCUACAGCAACAAUGGGGAUGCGUUUGUGGGGAUGUGUGCCGUGCAAACGCCUCAGCUACUGGAGGCUGCCGCCAGCUUUGACACCGUCGUGACGUUGCAGCUACGGGACGGCCACUUUGCCAUGGGGGAGAUCUCGUUUCACGCGGUGGUGGAGGCUCUGCACGUAGUCCACAUGAAUGUCGUGCGCCUGGCGGUUGUGCCGCCGUCCCUGCCGGGAGCCACAGUCUACGUGGAGCUCUCGUGCGUGGACGAGGGCGCCACCGCAGCGUCGGCGGUGGCAGUCUCCGUGACGUCGGCACGCGUGGCGACGGACGUGGCGGCGUGGGCGUCGCUGUCACCACUGCCGCCGUGCAGACUCACGCUCGGUGCACUGGCGCGGGAGGGUGUUGCUGGAACCUUCGCUGGCGACGCUGAGGAGCCGCUCGGCAACUUCCGCAUUUUAGUUCCCCCUCCCGUCGUGAAGACUAUCACGGCGGCGGCAACUUCGGAGUCACUCGCAGGCGACGGUACGGGGAUUUAUUCCUUCGACUUUGACGUCCCGGUGGAGUCGACACUGGAGGGCGCGCCGCUGCGCAGUGUCGGCAGCAUGACGCUCUCGCUGGGGGUUUCUUUGGCAGUGCGUCCUCCGCCGGUUCCCAUCAACGCUGAGAGCCCCCCGGACACCCACGCGCAUGUGAGCGGUCCCCCCGUGGAGGACCUGCGGGUGCUGGCGGAGGUGCUGGAGCAGCAGCAGCGGAUGCUCGGGACGGUGCGGGAUCAACUGUGUUGGGUGCGGGAGUACAAGGCCACCAUCCGGCAGCGGCUGGAGACUCUGCGGCAGCAGCCCGCGGCGCCGGACCCGCAGGACAUCGGAAUUAGGAGCCGGAUUGAGCGUGAGCUGCAGGACCGAGUCCUGCGGCAAGAGAAGCUGCAGGACGAUCUAGCCACACUGCAGCGACUUAGAAGAGCAGCCGCGGAGGAGCACGCCCUGCGGGUGGCGGAGCACGCGCGGUCGCAGGAGGAGCUGGAAGAGGAGCAGGCAAAGGUGGAGUUUCGCCGCGAAGGCAUCCGAAGGCUGCAGCUGGAGAUGCAAGCGCAUGCGCAGAUGGAGGAGCAGCGCGAGUGGCAGCGGCAGCGGCAGUCCGAAGAGCAGCAGCAACUGAACAGCAGCGAUGCGGCGGUGCUGGCGGAGGUGAUGCAUUUGCUGGAGCGAUGA